GAGCUGGGGCGGGCCGAGUGCUGCAGGUCAGUCGCUGCCACGCCGCGCGAGACUUGACCGCGCGAGACCUCGCAGCGCGACCGUCCGCCCUCACCCCGGGCUGCUGGGCAGCGGACGCCGCCUCGGACCGCGGGUCGUGCACGCUUGUGUCCCCCCGACAUAAUGUCAAGUGGAGAUGACCGGCAGUCGCAGGCUCUGGCCAAACCCGCGCUCAGCAAGGCGCAGGCCUGUGCCGUGGUGGAGUCCGAGUUCGGGUUCCAGGUGUCCGAGAUCCAGCCACUCCCGAGCUACGACGACCAGAACUUCCGCGUGCGCGUCUCAAGGCCCGGGGACGCUGCGGGUGGCCCGACGGAGUACGUCCUCAAAAUCAGCAACACCGAGUCCAGCAAGAGCCCCGACCUGAUCGAGGUGCAGAGUCACGUCGCCAUGUUCCUGUACGAGGCGGGGUUCCCUACGGCCUCUGUGUGUCGCACCCGAGACGGCGGCGUCACCUCGCUCGUGUCCGUGGACAGCGGUUCCCAAACCAAGAGCCACUUGGUGAGGCUGCUGACGUACCUCCCAGGGCGGCCCGUCGCGGAGGUGCCUGUCGGCCCCCGGCUGCUGUAUGAGAUCGGGAGGCUGGCCGCCACCUUGGAUAAGACGCUGGAGGAGUUCCAUCACCCAAAGUUAAGAUGUCUUCGCCGGGAGGACUUCAUCUGGAACCUGAGAAACGUCCCUCUUCUGGAGAAAUACCUGAGCGCCUUGGGCCAGGAUCGGAACCGGGAGAUUGUGGAAGAGGUCAUCCGGCUCUUCAAGGACGAAGUCACGCCCAAGUUAAGUCAUUUCCGAGAGUGUGUCAAUCACGGCGACCUCAACGACCACAACAUUUUAGUGGAGUCCGGCGAGCCCGCCUCCGGGGAUGCCGCCUUUCGCGUGUCCGGGAUCUUGGACUUUGACGACAUGAGCUGUGGCUACUACGUGUUUGAGGUGGCGAUCGCCAUCAUGUACAUGAUGAUUGAGAGCCGGGACCCGAUGGGGGUCGGCGGCCACGUCCUCGCGGGGUUCGAGAGCGUCAUCCCGCUGACGCCGGCGGAGCGGGGCGCCCUGUUCCUGCUGGUGUGCGGGCGUUUCUGCCAGUCGCUGGUCAUGGCCGCGCACUCCUGCCGGCUGCACCCGGAGAACGCCGAGUACCUCAUGAUCACGGCGAAGACGGGGUGGAAGCACCUGCAGCAGAUGUUUGCCAUGGGCCGGAGAGCGGUCGAAGACCUCUGGUUCGGCACGGCCAGGUCCUACGGGUCCGGGGUCCCCGUGUGAGUGCGUAAACGUUCACACCACCCUGGGUGGUUAACCCAAUGGGACCCAGUCGCAGUCGACGAGGGAUUUUCCUGCGCAGUUAAAAGUGAGUCCAUGGAGCCCUAACCGGUUUGGGUCAGUGGAUAGAGCAUUGGCCUGGGGGCUGAAGGGUCCCAGGUUCGAUUCCGGUCAAGGGCACAUGCCUGGGUUAUGGGCUCGAUUCCCAGUGGGGGGGCGUGCAGGAGGCAGCUGAUCUAUGAUUCUCUCUCAUCAUGGAUGUUUCUCUCCCUCUCCCUCUCCCUUCCUCUCUGAAAUCAAUGAGAUAUAUUUAAAAAAAAAAAAAAAAGUGAAUCGAUGGAACGGGUCCGUGCGUGUGAAGCCACCGAGGUCUUCAAUCUCAUGAUGAUAUUUUAAACUAAGAAACACAUGAACAGUCAUGUUUUCCUGUUGGUCUCCCGUGCCCUGUCCAUGAAACACACAAUGAUAUUUCGAAUCAGAUAGUCUCUCACCGUCUCUUCCAGACCUGGUCAGCCUUCCAGCCUCAACCACCCCC